AUGGGAAGGCUGAGAAGCACAACAGGAAAGCUGGAGAGAAUGCAGAGGCUCGACGAGUACCACGAAGUAAUGGAACAACAGUUAGAGCAGGGGAUCUUGGAACUAGUACCAGAAGUUCCCACGGGGGAGGUCAUUCAUUACAUUCCCCACCAACCUGUCAUUCGUGACCAGGCACAAUCUACUAAAAUGACGAUAGUGUAUGAUUGCUCAGCAAAGCCAGACUCUCAAGCGCCAUCAGUGAAUGACUGUUUGGAAGUUGGACCCCCCCUUCAGCCCAUGAUCUUUGACAUCCUUCUGCGGAACCGUCUUAACUUUCUGUGUAUCACAGGUGACGUACAGAAGGCCUUUCUCCAAAUCAAAGUGGAUCCUAAGGACAGAGAUGCGCUACGUCUCCUAUGGUACGAGAAUCUUAACUCAAGAACUGUUCUGCAGUAUCGCUUUACGAGAGUAAUAUUUGGAUCAGGGCCGAGCCCAUACAUUCUAGGGGCUACACAUCCGAAGCAUGUAAGCCAGUAUGCAGAGAAGUAUCCUACUACUACAGAUGAGUUGUUGAAGAACACGUACGUAGACGACAUUCAAUCAGGUGGCGGACAGAAGGAAGAAUUGUUGAAGUUUAAGGAAGAAGCAAUCAAGAUAAUGAGGGAGGGUGGCUUUCAGCUCCACAAGUGGCACAGCAACGUCCCAGAGGUAGAAGCAUCACUUAAUGACAGUGGCGACACAUUAGCAUCUACAGUGAGUCCUUCUUAUGCAAAGAUACUUGGGGUACCGUGGAACAAGGCUGAAGAUAGGCUCGAGAUCGGUUUCAGGAAACCGUUGAAGGAAGCCAAUGAUAGCAAAUGGACGAAGAGGAAGAUGCUGUCUGCCAUCAAUGGUAUCUUUGACUUGCUGGGGAUUUCAGCCCCAGUUAUCAUCACAGGAAAGGUCCUGUAUAGCCAAGCGUGCUUGCAGAAACUGAGGUGGGAUGAGGAACUGCCCCAUGACCUCCAGAGACCUUGGAAAAAAUGGUUGAAGGGAAUGGCAGAACGCCCCUGGAUAAGCAUUCCACGCAGUGUCGUAAGCAAUGGUGUAACAACAAUUGUUCUACAUGGUUUUGCAGAUGCAAACAAGUGGCCAUCUCAGUUGCUGUGUACACACUAG